CGGCCGUCCCUCAAACCUCGAAACUCUGUUAAUGCAUCUUUUCUAUCUCUCUCUCCCUCUCUCGAUUGAUUAAUUGUUGGACUCCGGCGGCGGCGAGUAUCGCCGGAAUUGAGUUAAACAGAGGCGACAUUUGCGGAGCACGCGGAUGAAUCCGAUGAAGCGGCGAGGCGGAUACAGAGGAGUGGCGCAGAGCCUGAGAGUGGCGGCGCGCGGAUCAGAACCUGCAGGUGCCGGAAAACGAGUCGACUCGGCGAAGGAGAGGUAUCGGGCGGCGAAAUUGGAGAGGAAAUUGGUGAAAUACGAGGCGUUGCCGGAGUAUUUGCAGGACAACGAAUUCAUCCGAGACUAUUACCGCUGCGAAUGGCCUCUCAAGGAUCUGCUCCUCAGCGUCUUCUCCCUGCACAACGAGACGCUCAAUGUCUGGACUCAUUUGGGAGGAGCUUUGAUAUUUGUGGCGUUGACGGCGAUGAGCUUGACGGAGAAAUCCUCGCCGGAGAAUCUGUUUGCUGCCGGUGUGUUCAGAUUGGAGAGGAUGAAACGCAACAAAUCGGAAUCGAUUUACCCGGAUCAUAAUUAUCACCAAAGGAACCUUAUAGGCUCAUCAAUCACAGACAAUGUGAAUUUCCCCAUGUGGCCUUGGUUCAUCUUCCUCGGAGGGGCAACUUGCUGUCUGGUACUAAGCUCUGUAUCCCACCUCUUCGCCUGCCACUCACGGCGGUGCAACCUCCUCCUCUGGCGGCUCGACCAGUCUGGCAUCUCCCUCAUGGUCGUCGCCUCCUUCGUCGCCCCAAUCUACUACGUCUUCGACUGCCACCCGCUCUCCCGGGUCUUCUACUUCGCCUCCAUCACCCUCCUCGGCACCCUGGCCGCCGUCUCCCUCCUCUCCCCGGCCCUCACCUCCGGCCGGUUCAGAUCCUUCAAGGCCGCCGUCUUCCUCGCGCUCGGACUCUCCGGCAUCGUCCCCGCCGCACACACUGCACUCCUGUACGGGCAUCACCCCCAAGUUGCGGCGGCUCUCUGGUGCGAGAUGGCCAUGGGGGUGCUUUACGCGGCUGGGGCGGCGUUCUACGUCGCUAGAUUCCCGGAGAGGGUGGGGCCCGGCAAGUUUGACCUCGUCGGGAGCAGCCACCAGAUCUUCCAUGUGUUGGUGGUCGCCGCCGCGCUUGCGCACUGCGUGGCCACACUUGUGCUCAUGGAUUGGCGGAGGGGAUUGCCGCACUGUGGCGGUGCUUAAUGUAGAUCUAUUACGGAGCAUCAAUGUAUCCUUAUGUAUGCAUGAAACAUGGGACAUUUUGAGAAUUUACUCUUAAUUAAUUAUGUAUAGAGAGCAUUGUGAUUUACCAUACUUCUUCACAUGAAUUAGUUUCUUCCACCCUUCUAUAGGCAAAUUCAUUUUUCUUAAGGUCCCGUUUGGUACAAGGAAUUCAAAUUAUGGAAUUGGAAUUGACUUCAUUUCCAAUUCUAGUGUUUG